AUGAUCCGUCAGAAGUCCAGCCAAUUCCUAGGACUGAAGAUGCAGUCGGAGCUUGAACAGUCCUCCGAACUGCAGCGGGAACCCGAGAGGGAACUCACUUCAUUGGAUGAGUCCGUCAUGCGGGUAGCAACAGGUGUGCGGCCUGAGUCCGGCACCGCGGCCUCGGUAGAAGCGGAUGAAGAUCCUGCAGCCAACUUGUUCCCGCCGCCGCUGCCCCGGCCCCGGAUCUGCAUGUGGAAGUACCUGGACAUCCAUUCCAUGCACAGGCUGGAGAAGACCACCAACACUGAGGAGAUGAGGGAGGUGCUAGCUGAGCUGUUGGGGCUAGGCUCUCCUGAGCAGAGCCUGCGGGAUGCCAUCAUCCUGGACCUUUUCUCCCAUGCACUCAUCUUCUGCCGCCAGCAGGGCUUUUCACUGGAACAGACAUCAACAGCUUGUGCUCUGCUCCAAGAUCUUCACAAGGCCUGUGUGGCAACCCCCUUGGGCAACAUGGAGGAAUGUUACCGCUACUUCACCAGUGUUCUUUUUUGCCAUGGAGUCAGGCGGCCUCCCUUCAGUAUCAACCUCUUUAGGGAGGAACAGCUGCUUGCCCUGGCAGAUUAUGUGGUCAACACCUACUUCCGCCACUUCAAGCUCUACAAAUAUGUCUUCACACCCCAGGUGAGGCUGGACCUAUCUUUGACUUACAUAGGGCUACAGCCGUCUGAGCUCUGGCCAGAGGAUGAGACAGGUGAGGAAGAGGGCGAGGAGGUGGGAGAGCAGGCAGUCACCCCACAGGAGGAGGAGCUGGAAACAGUGGUCCAGCCAGAGCAAGAGCCAAGCCAGGUCUCCAUCCUGCGAGCCUACAUCAAGACCCAGAUGAGCAAGGAGCUGGGGCAACUCCAACAGCUGAUAGAGGAGCGGCUCAAAGCCAGCGAGGAAAGGCUCAACAGCAAGUUGACCAUCCUAGAGCGGCCCUUCCAGCUACCUCCUGGCAAAGGCAAGAACAAGACCAAGUGA